AUGUCGGCAGAGCGAGUUGUAUUCGUUUUAUGCUGCUGGGUUUCAGUUUCUGCCGCUAUUAAAUGUUAUCUAGGAGAUCAGCUCUUCCAUGGAAGUCUGCUUCUCAGGGAGAGCGUAGCGUUGACCGAAUGUCCUGGUUCUCGUUUUUGUGUCAGACAAGAGUUAACAUCGGCUGACCUGAAAACGAUCAAUUUCUUUUGCGAUCAAAUCACUGACAUCCAUGGGAACCCUUUGGUAACUUGUAAGAGCGACGGCGCCCAAACUCCUAACACGGCCAACAACUUCAAAGCACUCGUUGUUUGUUGCAGUUCAGACUACUGUAACCUCAGUGUUUCCAAUUCUAUUUCCAGUUCUGCCUGUAGUAUUGGAAUGAUUUUGCUUUCUGUGCUUUAUAAAUUUGUGUUCUAG